CAUGGCUCAAACUACGGCUACGGUGAUCUGCAUCUUCUCCAUGAAUCUUUUGUUAAUCUCGUCGCUUCCAUGUGUUUCUUCGAUGUCAAGCAGUUUCAGGUUGAAGCUCAUUCACAGGGAUUCCCCACUCUCUCCUUUAUACCAGCCAAACCUUUCUGAUUUUCAACGGUUCAAGAGAAACGUUGAAAUUUCUGAAGCUCGGGCUUCUUACUUUCAAAGAUGGAGUGAAAUAUAUAGUGAGGGAAAUUCAAUGAAGCCCCAAAACAUCUCCUUGCGGCUUCCAUUAAAAUUCACCGAACCUAUCUACACCGUUGAGCUAGGCCUUGGCACCCCUUUUGUACAAAGAACUUUGGUUUUCGACACAGGCAGUGGCAUUACUUGGACACAAUGCAAACCUUGUUUCCAAUGUUUCAAACAAAAGGAGCCUCUUUUUGACACUAGAAAGUCGAGUUCCUACAAAUUAAUGCCUGUAAAGAACAAACUUGCCAUGACCUUCACAUGUACCGUGUUUGGAUGUGCUUACUACGUUGGGUAUACUGCGGCCCAUGUUCCCUACAGAGUGCCUGGCCUGGUAUUUGGCUGUGGAACAUUUAACAAAGGCCCUUUCGGUGCUAAAAAUGCAGUCAGCGGGAUAUUAGGAAUGGAUAAACAGCCCGUUUCUUUUGCUCGUCAGCUUGGAGGCCUGAUCAGAGAACAAUUUUCAUAUUGCCUAACCGAAAAAGUCUCAGCAUCAUAUGUAAAAUUUGGUGUAGAAGCAAAAAUACGAGGACGGAAUGCUCAGAGCACGCCGUUCUUGAAACACAAUCAAUAUGCUGUACACUACGGAUUGAACUUAGUCGAUAUCAGCAUCGGUGGACAGAAGUUGGGACUCACACAAGGUACAUUUUCAGGGGGCUGUGUUAUCGAUUCAGGUGGUUCAAUUAGUCUUUUGGAAACAAAUGCUUAUUCUGCUGUACAAGAUUCACUUGAGAGGUACUUUUCCAAGUUCAAGAAUGUCAGGAGGCUUCUGGGAGACGGAGCCCCGUCAGGUUUUCUUUGCUACACACAGCCCAAAGGCUUCAAAAGAUUUCCAAACCUGACAUUUCAUUUCCUGGGAGCUGAUUUUCGUGUACCAUCCGAGAACCUGUUCCUGUUUAGAAGGAAUUUCUUUUGCCUGGCAAUGAUGGCCUCAAAAAACCUGACUCUUCUGGGGGCUUAUCAGCAACGGAACGUGAGAAUCGUGUACGAUUUGAAGGAUGAGAUGCUUUCAUUUGCACCUGAGGAUUGCUCAAGAGAUGCUGCUGCUUGAUAUCUUCCAAUAGUAAACCUCAUUUUGUACUGAAAAAUUAAAUUAUACAUCACAACUAUAUGGUUGUUUCUGAUUCUUGUCAUGUUGAUUACCGAAUAUAUCUGG